UAAUUUCUUAAUCAAUGAAAUGUUUUGAUUAGUGAUUACUUAUUAGUUAUAAAUUAAUUCUCGGUUAAUAAACAUUUAAAUAUGUCUAUUUCUACUGAUAGCAUAGCUAAAAAAAUACAGGAAAGAUUAAAAGAAGUACAUGAAUUGAUGCAUGAGGUUGAGAAUGCACGGGAGCAGUCUGAGUCUACUUUAAAACAAAUAGAAAACUAUAAAAGUGAAAUUGAAGGGAAACAAAAGUCAAAUACAAUUGAACAACGAAAAAUAAAGUUAAGUAUAGCAAUUAAUGAUGCUAAAAAAGAGGAAGAAUUGUUGAGAAAUUCAUUAGAAAAAAUCGACGAAAUCAGAUCUAUUAGAAGUGAACGAAGACAACAGGCACGAAGUGCUGGUAACAAAGAACCUAUAAGACGAGGAGCGCUUAUGAAAAUGUUAUUGGAAGUGGCACAUACGAUGCCACUAUAUAUUGGGCAAACAAUAGAUGCCAGUCCACCACCACUGUGUGGCUGUAUUCCGGCAGAAUCAUGUUAUAUUGCUAAACCUGGCAAUAUAGUAGCUGCAUUUGUAAAAGGCGCAGACGAAGAAGAAAAUUGGAUACUUGCUGAAAUAAUAAGUUUCAAUCAUUUGACAAAUAAGUACGAAAUAGAUGAUAUUGAUGAAGAAGUAAAUGAAAGACAUAUUAUAUCUAGACGUCGUGUCAUGCCUUUACCGAUUAUGAGAGCAAAUCCUGAAACAGAUCCACAAGCUAUAUUUACAAAUGGUACUAUAGUGAUGGCUUUAUAUCCUCAGACGACAUGUUUUUAUAAAGCGAUAAUUACAGCUCAACCAAAAACAGCCCAUGAAGAUUAUGAAGUUAUUUUUGAGGAUGCAACUUAUACUAACGGAUAUUCACCACCGUUAAAAGUACCUCAACGUUAUGUAAUUUCUAUUAAAGAAAGCAAAAAAAGAAUUAAAGUUAAU